AUGCUCACCGGCACCGUCUCCCUCCGCUGGUCCGCCGGAGAUCUCGAUGACAGCUUCACACUAGACUACCAUUCACCCUCCGCCGAUGAUCUAGACGUUCUCGAUAUGGAGGAGAGGGAGAAAAUGGUGAGGCCCAUGUGGGAUGUGUAUACCAACAGCCAGAGGAUGAAACUGGCAGGUUGUUGGCGGAAAGCCUUUGUGGCUGCCUAUGAGGAUUUGACGAGCGAGGUGCCUGAAGUUAUGGAGGAUGCUAUUUCAGAGAUUGCUAGGAUGUCAGCUCGCUACCUGGAUCUCACCCCGCCUCCAAGAAAUUCUUCGCUAUCAUUGGGUUUACGGGAUUUGAAUAUUAAGGAUAAGAAAAAGCAAAGCGGAAAUCAGCAGGAAGAGUUUUUGUAA